UGUUGCUAUAUUGUAUUCUUCAAAAUAUUAAUAUUAAAGAGAACUAGGACCGAAUACACCUUGUAACGGAUCCGUGUAACCGCGGUUUGAGGUGUGACCUUCAAAAGUUGUUAUUCUUUUUGAUCGCCUAAAUAAUUUUUGUAAAUUGGAAACAUUUUUCGAGAAUGAUUCGUACACUAACACUAUAAAUGUAAAAGUAGUCAUAAACCGACUCCUAUAAAUACUAUAAUUAAUUUUUAGAGAGAGUAUAAGAUUUUUGUUUUUGUCGAGUUCGAUUUACGCUAAGAAAAAAUGUAAUAAAAAUAUCGUUUUAGGAAAAUAUACCUUUUUCUUAUCGUUAAUUACUCAAUCGUCUAUGUCAUUUCAUAUUGGGAAAAUUUUUUUAAAAGAAACUUUGCUGCCAAGAAAUUUCGUCGAUUUUUUCAUUUUCAGUUAAUUCAAAUAAAAUAUAUUUUAUUUGAUUUUGCUGUCCAAAUUAAACAACAUUUUUACCAGUUAGAGCUAUUUUUAAUUCAAUUCUUAGCUAUAGAAAUCUUUUCAAAUGGAUAAACCGCUGAAUAAGGUAAUUCAGAGUAAUGAGUCGAGCAUUUCAACCACCGGUACCACGGGCUCACCACAGUUUUCCGACACAUUAGAGAACAAUGUGAAGUACAUGAAUUUAAAUUUUGUCGACAAUUCCGAGUCUUCAAGUCAAGCUAAAGAUCAAGGCAUUGAUUUUCAAAAGUUGCCACAAACCUUUGAUGCUGCCGCGUCCAAAGCUGCAAAACCACCACCCAGCAAGAUACUACCGUCCAGUAUUCCAUUACCGGGCAAAUAUGAUAGCCAAAAACAGAAAACGGUCUGCACGCUCAAAGAAAAGUCUCUACUCGAAAUGGGUUUCAAAACUAAUGAAAUACAGGGUUGGGAAGAUAUAGUCCAGCCGCCCAAAGAGAAUCUCUACAAAUUGUUACGUAACAUGAUUGACAACCACAUCAAACCGAAUGUGCAGAUACGUAUCGGUGGUGUGACCUUCAACUGUCACAUGAUGGUGCUGCAGUGUUACUCGGAUUUCUUCAUGGAAUGCAACAAUGAGGUGUUGAUCCAAUUGCCCGAAGAAAAGAUAACACCGGGCGCUUUUAUGAUGGUCUACGACUGGAUGUUGGCUGAGGAGCCGUUGGUGCAGCGUGAGGGCAUACUGGAAUUAUUUAAUGCGGCUAAUUUUCUGCGCAUUAAAAAUUUGGUGAAUCAGUGCUGGCUCUGCUUGGACGACGAUGUGCGCUUUCGGGAAGAUACUGCAUUCUUACUCUAUCUUGAGGCUCGGAAUUAUGGUCUGGAGAGUUUGGAACAGCUAAUGUUGACACGCAUUUGUAAAUUUUUCCUAACACUUGUCGCCUCCAAAGAGUACUUGGAACUGACCACGAAAGAGAUUUGUACGCUUCUGAGUUCAAAUACAAUUGGCGUCAACUCGGAAAUUGAGAUCUUCAUGUCGGUGGUGCGUUGGUUGAACUACAAUUGGGAAGAACGCGAGGCGGAUAUGCUGCAGGUUGUGAAGUGCGUACGUUUCAGCUUGAUGCCACCGUGGUUUCUUGUGACACUCAACAAAAAUAUUGAUUGCGUUGAGAUCGAUCGUAUUGCUAGUCAUCCGGAGGUUAAACGCAUGAUCAACGACGGCAUCUCCUAUACGACCACUCAAUUAUACUAUGGUGAAAAUCGUGAAGAGUUCUUGCAUUUCCUGGAACGCUACCAGCUCGUUGCACCGGUUCAACGUCAGUGGGUUUUCGACAAAGAAUGCAGCUACCACCAUCGGCUCGAAUGCCCGAAUAUGCAGUAUGUGACAUACAAAUCUUAUCUAGAAUAUCUGGAGAUGAUCCAUACGAUUGGCAAGGAUUAUUGGCGCUCGCUGGAAAUGGCUAAGGGUGUGGAGAAGUCGAUGCAGUGUUGCGUACGCUCCGAUUGCCGCAAAUUGAACGAGCAAAAUUUAGUAUGUUAAUAUAUUUUCUAGUCACUUACCAACACCAAAUCACCUAUUUUAGAAGACAACUUACGCGUAUACGAACUAAAUAUAUACAUAUUGCAAGUAAAUAUUGUUAGAAGAUUUGAUUUAUAAAAAUUUUUGUUGAAAUUUGUGAUUUGGCAUUUUAUUCGAAAAUUAUUGUGACUCAAUUUAUAUAUAAUUAAAUCUUAAAAAAAAAAAAAUUAAAUAAAGACUACUGAUGAUUAAAA